AUGUCUUCCUUAAGUAGGGAACUCGUGUUUCUGAUCUUGCAGUUCUUGGACGAGGAGAAGUUCAAGGAAACUGUUCAUAAGUUAGAGCAAGAGUCUGGUUUUUUCUUCAAUAUGAAACAUUUUGAAGACCAAGUUCAGGCUGGUGAAUGGGAUGAGGUUGAGCGUUAUUUAUGUGGGUUCACAAAGGUCGAAGAUAACCGUUACUCUAUGAAGAUAUUCUUUGAAAUAAGAAAGCAGAAAUAUUUGGAGGCUCUUGAUAGACAGGAUCGGGCAAAGGCUGUUGAGAUUCUUGCUAAGGACCUGAAGGUUUUUGCAUCCUUCAAUGAAGAACUUUUCAAGGAAAUAACUCAGUUGCUUACUCUUGAUAAUUUCAGGCAAAAUGAGCAGCUUUCGAAAUAUGGGGACACAAAAUCAGCUCGAAAUAUCAUGCUUGUUGAACUUAAAAAGCUGAUUGAAGCAAACCCGCUGUUUCGAGACAAGCUUACAUUCCCAGCCUUCAAAAGUUCGCGACUUAGAACAUUAAUAAACCAGAGCCUUAAUUGGCAGCAUCAACUUUGUAAGAAUCCUCGUCCGAACCCCGACAUUAAAACUCUAUUUACUGAUCAUUCUUGCACUCCUACAACUGCCAAUGGGGCUCGUCCACCUCCUCCCUUGAACAAUGCCCUCGUGGGACCGAUUCCUAAGGCCGGGGCAUUCCCCCUAUUGGAGCCCAUGCCAUUUCAACCUGUUGUUUCCCCAACUCCUGGUGCAAUCGCUGGGUGGAUGUCGGGGAAUAAUCCUUCUUUACCACACCCUGCUGUGGCAGCAGGCCCCCCACUCUUGUGCAGCCUUCUAGUGCAGGUGAAGCUGACGGCCACAGGAAUGACCGGAAUGGAUUAUCAGUCAGCUGAUUCAGAACACUUGAUGAAGCGGAUGCGCAUUGGCCAAUCUGAUGAGGUUUCCUUUUCUGGUAUAGCACAUACUCCCAAUGUCUAUUCCCAAGAUGACCUUCCCAAAACUGUUGUACGGACCUUUAGCCAGGGAUCUAAUGUCAUGAGCAUGGACUUUCAUCCACAGCACCAAACCAUCUUGCUAGUUGGGACAAAUGUUGGGGACAUUAGCCUUUGGGAAGUUGGCUCCCGGGAAAGGUUGGCACAUAAACCUUUCAAAGUUUGGGAUCUCGCUGCUUCUUCAAUGCCACUGCAGCAGACAGCAUUGUUGAAUGAUGCUGCAAUAUCUGUAAAUCGAUGUGUAUGGGGGCCGGAUGGACUUAUGCUUGGUGUUGCAUUUUCAAAACAUAUAGUGCAAAUAUAUACUUACAAUCCAAUUGGAGAACUGAGGCAGCAUUUGGAGAUUGAUGCCCAUGUUGGUGGCGUGAAUGAUAUUGCAUUUGCUCAUCCCAACAAACAACUAUGCAUUGUUACAUGCGGUGAUGACAAGAUGAUUCAGGUUUGGGAUGCUGUAGCUGGACGCAGACAGUAUUCAUUUGAAGGCCAUGAAGCUCCCGUGUAUUCAGUCUGUCCUCAUUACAAAGAAAAUAUUCAGAGUGAUGCAAAAUCAUCGUUUAUUUUUUCAACAGCAAUUGAUGGGAAGAUUAAAGCUUGGCUAUAUGAUGCUUUGGGAUCUAGAGUGGACUAUGAUGCUCCUGGACUUUGGUGCACCAUGAUGGCAUAUAGUGCAGAUGGGACUAGGCUCUUCUCAUGUGGAACAAGUAAAGAAGGUGAGUCUCACCUAGUUGAGUGGAAUGAGAGUGAAGGAUCUAUCAAACGGACAUUUCUGGGUUUCAGGAAGCGUUCUUUAGAUGUUGUUCAGUUUGACACAACAAGGAGCCGCUUCUUAGCUGCUGGUGAUGAAUUUCAAAUUAAGUUUUGGGAUAUGGAUAAUACAAACAUGUUGACAGCUGUUGAUGCAGAUGGGGGGUUGCCUGCUAGUCCUAGACUGAGAUUUAACAAGGAAGGUUCAUUGUUGGCAGUCACAACUAGUGACAAUGGUAUCAAAAUUCUAGCCAGUAAUAAUGGAUUGCGCCUGAUGAGGAUGAUGGAGAGCGGGGCUAUUGAUAAAAGUCGAAGCCCGUCAGAACCGAUCAACUCUAAGUUCUUCAAAGGAUCUAGUCACGGGCCGGUGAUUGUUUCUGGGGCACUUGUUCCCCUGGGUUUCCCCUUGCGUCUUGCACCUAUAAUGAAUAGAGUGGAGCUCCCACUGAUCGUUAAUGCUCUAGGCUCUGUAGCAAAUGUUUCUUCUGGCCUUGCAUCAUCACUGGAACGCUCAGAUAGAAUACAACCUGCAGUUUCUAUUGGCAAUCUUGGUUCCAUGGACAACAGUAGGCUUGUUGAUGUUAAACCAAGGAUUUCAGAUGAUACAGACAAAUUGAAAGUCUGGAAGAGUGAUAUUGUAGAUUCAUCUCAGCUAAAAGCUUUGCGGUUGCCUGACACCAUAGUAGCUGGCAAGAUUCCUGCCUUAUGGUUUAAUGUGUGUGGUGGUGGCUGUUGUGCAACUCCAUUGCAUAAAUAUUUCCUAUUUGAGAGAAAUAUCACUGGUAAUUCGUCUGCAAAGGUGAGAAUUGCUGCAAAAUCAGGGAAACCAUAUGAAGGGGGUGGGGGUGGGCUAGCUCUAUUGGCCCUUGCCUCCAAUGCCGUCCACAAAUUGUGGAAAUGGCAGCGCAGUGAAAGAAAUCCAUCAGGAAAGGCUACUGCAUAUGUUGCACCACAGUUGUGGCAGCCUCCCAGUGGAACUCUCAUGGCUAAUGAUAUAAAUGAUAUCAAACCAGCUGAAGAAUCUGCUGCAUGCAUUGCGCUAUCCAAAAAUGAUUCUUAUGUCAUGUCUGCCUCUGGUGGGAAGGUCUCUUUGUUCAACAUGAUGACAUUCAAGGUCAUGACAACAUUUAUGUCCCCACCUCCUGCAGCCACUUUUUUAGCUUUCCAUCCUCAAGAUAAUAACAUUAUUGCAAUUGGCAUGGAGGAUUCUACAGUUCAAAUAUAUAAUGUCAGAGUUGAUGAGGUCAAAACCAAACUCAAGGGCCACCAGAAUCGAAUAACAGGACUUGCUUUUUCUCAGAGUUUAAAUGUGCUGGUGUCUUCUGGGGCUGACACACAGGUCAGUGACUAG